AUGAGUGUGACCUUUAGCCCGGGUCGCCGUGAAAGCAAGCUGCCAAAUUCACCCCUGGUACAGCUCAUGUCGGAGGGACCCAGCAAAGCCUUGAUCGACCGCCUCAUCUCGCCCAGUGAUCCUGUUCUGUAUGAUCGAUCAAGUGGAAGACUGCGGCCCUCUUGUCCGAUGAUCGCUUUCCACCAGUUCUCCGAACUGAGCCCAAGCAUUGCGGCGGGAAAUUCUCGCGAACAGGACAGGAGGGCGGAGAGACUACUGCGAGAAUUAAAUCCUGAGACUCACGACCACCUCUUGGAGUCCUUCUGGUCGUAUUACGAUCCCGUUAUGCAAGUGGUCGACAGAAAGGUCUUUGAAGAGGACCGAAAAAGCGGGUGUGGUUUGACGUACAGUGGAUUUUUACACAUAUGCAUCUUGGCCAUGGGUUACAGAUACGCUGACACGAAGAGAGCUGAUAUCCAAAAGCUCACCCUGCAAAACAAAGAAAGUACCCUACACAGAGAAGCGAAAUACUUGGUCGAAUUUGAAUUCGAGAAGCCUGGGGGCAUCCCCAGUGUGCAGGCUCUUUUGAUCCUGGGUCAGCUCGAAAGUGGUUGCGGUAGAGACGCAGUGGGUUGGAUGUAUGCAGUAGGAGUGGCGUUCAGAUACGCCUUUGACCUAGGACUCAAUCUUGACUGCAGCAGAUUGAAUCUACCCGAAAGAGAGCGAAAGUUUCGGGAAUUCGUACUGAGGGCUUGUACCGCGUUCGACAAACUCUGGGCUAUCUAUCUCGGACGCUUGACCACCAUAAAGAGCUCCGACUUCAGGCACCAUACUUACCUAGAUCGACCCCAGGAAUUCCAAGACGAGCAACCUCAAGCGGACCAAGACUUCGAGAAAAAUAUUGACAUCCAAUGCUUCGAUGCGCUACUUGAUCUACUGGAUAUCACCGCCAAGGUUGUCGAAUACCUCUACUCCAGACAGAGCUCCUUGAACCAUAAUGCCUUCGUUGUCAUCAGCUCCCUUGAUGCAGAUCUGAAGAAAUGGUAUAGCCGGCUCCCCAGGUCCCUAACCUGGACGCCAGAGAAUAUCGAGACAGCACCGCUGUCCUACUUCCACUUGCAUUCGCAAUACCAUGCGUCUCUGGUGCUACUUCAUCGUCCACUUGCAUUGUACGAGCAAACUGAAUUUGAUUCAGAGAGUGAUAGUGACAUAAUCAUGAACACCAUUUCCCCCGUUUCUCGGGCUGUCUGUAUUCGACAUACCUUCAAGAUGGUUCACAUCUUGUCUCGACAAGUUCAGCGCUUCGAUCCUACCCGAUCACCUCAAGCUCAACUUCAGCACAUUGGCACAGCCGUUGCAGCCUUGAUUUCGGCAACGGCUGUCAGCAAAGACCCUCAGGAACGAAUGAGACUUCUGAAGCCUCUUCAUACAUUUGCAGAGCUCGCACGAGCAAUAUCACCGACGUAUAUGCCGGCAGAGAUGAUCUCAGAUAUUCUUGACAAUCUACUCAAAGAGCCCGGCUGGGGUUACGAGCCAGUCUCAGGCUUAGAUCAAGGGGAGGUUGUGAGAGAUACUAGCGGCAAGGAAAUCGGGUUGGAAGACGAGUUCUUCAAAAACCCUCUCUUUUCACCGAUGAAGGAGGUGUAUGGGAACAGUGACUCCCCAGCCAAAGUCACCGAAGAUUUCAAUUUCACUCUAGAGUCUAACGAUACUCUGGAGAUGCUCUCCAGCUUUGAAGGACGCGUCGGCGUGACAGACCAAAAGGCAUUAGGAUCCAUGUCGAUUUGUCUCCCGCCGACAUCAUCGCAGCAGGUCAAAGGCAAUGACAAGUCCGCUCAGAUGUCAUGGGCCCCCCUGACUUCAUGGGACGUGCCUCCCUUCUCUCUCAGCGAUGGCCCUGAAGAUAGCUAUACCCUUGAGCAUUUCGAAAACCAAGAUUCACAAUUUCAGACAAUACUGUAA